CAUUCGGAAGUUUUCUUUAGCUGUUCUUUAUUUUGGUAUCGCACGUUUUGGAAUGGGUCGGGUAAGGAAAAAGAGAAAAGGGGCUAAAUACAAUUAUGACAAAAAUCGCAGGAAGGAGUGGAAGAAGGCGAAGAAGUUGCCUACUAUUGGAUGCACGCAGAUAAAAGAAGCAUGGGAUCCGAAAAAAUCUGUGAAAAAAAAUUUGGAGGAAAUGGGGAUUUCUGCUGACCCAAACCAAACCUUCAAGAUUCCAAAAACAAAGGACAUAUUCAUCUCGGAAGACAGUAAAACUGAUGAAGAGGAGAAAACUAGAAAAAGACAACCAAAAGAGCAUGUUAUUGAAGAUCUCGAGAUGGAAGCUAGUAUUCCUCAAGAGAAAACCCUGAAGCUGUCAUCAGAGGAAGUCAAGUACUGUAUCUACAUGCUGGAAAAAUACGGAGAAGAUUACAAGGCCAUGGCAAGAGAUAAAAGAAAUCAUUUCCAGGACACUCCAAAACAGAUAAAAAAGAAAAUAAAGACUUUUAUGAAUAUUCCUGAACAAUACAAUGCGUAUAUAGCCAGCAAAACCUCCAUAUUGUGUUAAGUAUGGAUCGGGCAAAAAUGUGAUUCAUUUUGUAAAAAACAUAUUGUCAUUCAUUUAAUUUUUUUGUUAAUAAUGCAAACAUUUCUUUGUCUUUGUUAUUUUCAGCAGAGAUAAAAAAAGUAAAUAAAACUAAUUUAAACAAA